CAGACGGCCAUGUUUGAUGAGUGAUGAGCUUCGGAUUGCAACUGAAAUACUAGUCGUAUUCUAGUUCAGUCGGUUCGUGUAAAUUUCGUUGGAUCACUGUUACGCUGUGUUCCAGUUCAACGUACCACCAGUGAUGGAUUAGUGGGUGCACAGCGCAGGGAGUUUCUUGGAAGCUCCUGGACCUUCGUCGCGUCGCAAAGUGCCCCACUAUGUGGACAGAGCGGCGACGGGCACGCUGCCCGGGCAGCGCGGUGACGCUGCUGCUCCAUCGUGAGCUAGGCUAUCGACCGCAGCAGCCGACACAUGCGCUGUCCUUCGACUGUGUCGCUGAGGACCGGGCGGCCCACUAUGAGCUGGAGGAGACGGCAUGUAAUCUACCACAAUCAGUUCGGUCAACGUUCCUAAUGGCAUUCAGCCCUGACUGCACCAAGGUGGCCUCGACGCACGGGGACCAUCGCAUCCAUGUGUGCGAGGUGGCUACGGGUAAGCUGGCGCACACCCUGGAGGGCCACCCCCGCACGCCGUGGUGCUUGGCCUUCCACCCCACCUCCAACCACAUCCUGGCCUCGGGCUGCCUGGCGGGACAGGUGCGCGUCUGGGACCUGCGGGUGAGUGGCCACUGCUCGUCCACUGCUUUGCCCAGCUGUCAGGGUGGAAGCGAGGUUUGGAGCUCGCGUGAGGGUACGGUGAUCUCAUCGCUGGCAUUCCACCCACUGGAGCCCCUGCUGGCCAUUGCUACGGCCAACAGGGUGGUGCUCUGGGACUGGCGCAGGGGUCAGGCAUUGGCCACCUGCAAGACGGCCUCCGAGCGUGAGAAGGUGCGGUUUGUGCAGUUCUGUGCCCCCCGGGGCGACUCGCUGGUGACUGGCAUCACCAACGUGGACCCGGGUGCCCCCGGGGGCAGCGGGCCCCGCGUCUUGGACCCCCUGCUGGGGCCGCAGGUGGGGGCACUGCGUGUCCCUGCUGCGGCAGUGGACACCGGGUCGAGCCAGCGGCGCAGCAUCCUGACUCGGCUCAUGUCCAUGUAUCAGCACCUGGAAGGGCUUGAGGAGCUGUCGGGCUACCAGCAGCUGGUGUCGCCUGUACUGGAGCCAGAGGAAGCACUACAGGAUGCACGCAGCUACGCUCGCGAAGUCACCAACUACUCCAACAACCUUCAUCGCCUGAACCAACUCAGCCGACGGGAGGCGCAGCAGGUUAACCUGCAUGGAGCUGAGGAUGGCUCUUCUGCGGAUGAAGACGCUGGUGCAAGCGGACCGACCUCUGCUGCCACAGCAGCGGGCCCCGAUAGCCGCCGCUUCUGGGCCACCUUCUAUCGGCUGCGCUCCAUCUGCUCACGGCUGGAACGCCGCAUGCGACUGCACGCCUCCCCCAUGUGGGCGCCGCCCCAUGUGCCGACGGCUACAAGGAGCGGCGCGUCCCGAACGGCACCACCGAGAUACAUGAUGCCAGCGGAUGCGGCAGCUGCGAAUCGUCGUGCGAACAGGAUGUCCUCUGCUGGUCCAUCCAUUUCCUCUGCUGGACCUUCAUCAACGGCCUCGUCUUCGUCGGGUCGUGGAGCGGGCUUGCCGUCGACACACCCAGAUGUGUCACUGUCGCUAGUGUCGCUGCUCGCGCGUCUGCAGAUGUCGCUGCAGAGCCUGAGUAGUGCUGCCCUGACCACGGCUGUCGCUCGGGAGCAAAUCCACCAGGUGCGGCUGCGCAUCACAGAGAUCCUGGAGCGCCUGGCGAAUGUCAGCGGCUACCGCGCUCGCCUGACCAGCCUUAGGGAGCAGAUUUAUGAAGCGGCUGUGGCAGCUGGUCCCUGGUCCAGCCAGUCGGGUGCAGGCCCUGCCUGGGAGGCGGAGGCAGCUGACCACCAGCUGCGGUCAUCCAUAGCCGCCGAGCGUCGCAGAAGAGAGGGAGAGGACGACACGGCCCCCAGCCAGCACUGGGACCUGGCGUACUGCCUCUGGCUUGUCGAGAUGAGUCUCCAACUGACGCGUCAGAUGCAGCGGAUACUGGCUGCUGAUUACCGGCUCACUCAGCUCCACCUGAACGCCACAUCUACCUCAUCGGGCCCCACCAACUCCGGUAGCCCUCCUUCGUCAUCCCCACCGUCGUCGUCAUCUUCAUCCACGAACCAUGGCGGCCACAGCUACCGCCACGGCCGUGAGCACUCCUCCGCCAGUAGCACUUCUGGUUCGCCAUCUGCUGCUGCCGGCGCUCCUCCCACAUUGGGAAGACCAGCGGGCGUUCCUGCUACCCCUCCUCCGUCUCAUCGACCGAUGGAAUGCCCGAGGCUGAGGCGGCACCACCACCAACGCAGGCGCCUCCAUGCUGUACGACUGGUGGACACCAGGACUGGCAAUCCGCUGGCUUCGUCGUCCUCGUCGUCGGACUCGCUGGACUCCUCGGAUGAAGAGAGCCUCGACUUUGAGCACAUGGAAGUUGAUGCAGCUGGCAAUAGAUCGCUCUCCUCUUCGUCGUCGUCCAGGAGACGGAGGAGGAUGUUGCGGCGCAACCGCUUCUGGCCAGCCUCGCCACCCCCUGUCGUGCCGGAGGAGGACCCGUCUGUUCCCGAGGUGCACGUGUCUCCACCUUCGUCACCGCCACCCGUAAGGCCCACGGCCCCUGUGCCUCCGAGACCACGGUCCCCGCCACUGCCCGUGAUCUUGUCAGGGGGCCCUUCUGCUCGGAUAACCGCCCUGGACGCUCUGUGGUUGGGCCCCCCACCCUCUACAGCAUACUUCUCGCUCCUCUACGAGGGGGGCUUUCGACCACGACUCAGUGUGUACGAGACUGGCCCAAACCUGACCCACCGAAUCCAGUGCUGGGAUAUGACUGGCUCUGAGCUACCAGACAUUGGUGAUGCCAAGGCAUGCCUGGUGGCACCCCGGUGUAAGAUACACAACGAUGCGAGUGUGGCUCUGGGCGGCGGUCUGCUGGCUGCCCUGGUGCCCUGUGGUCUACUGGGGGCUUCGCUGUGCGUCUACUCACUACGGCCACGCGGAACCCUCCUCCACACGUGGAGCUUUGGGGCCAAUGCCAUUUCAGUCAGCCUGUCCCCGCUUGCCCGGUACCUAGUUGUCGGGUUCGCUGCCACACGGGGAUACUUCACCCAGGAGAGGGAGGUGGUGGCCCAAAUCUUCAAGCUGACUCCGCCAGACGCUGAAGGCUCAUCCUCCUCUUCGUCGUCCUGUGGCCAGCUACAGCAAGUGGGCAACCUGAGUCAACCGGGUGGGACCGCUGGCCAACCUCCGGUGAGCCUCAACUCUGUGCGCUGGCUGCCCCGGCCUGGGGAAGGGCUCAUCUACGGCACCAACCGUGGAUCCCUCUGCAUCUGCCGCCCACUAAAGCCUAUCUCUAAGGAGGAUGGCAGCAACGGGCCAGCAUCCCGCUCUGGUCCAACACGAGAUGCGACCAGCCCCUUUGUGAUGCUCACUGACCAGGUUGACAGGACAGCCAGGAAUACCACCAUCCAGGUACUGUCAACUGCUUCACAGACAGUGCUGCCGCAAACGCAGACUACAGGGACUCAGACGAUGCUGCGUGGUCCCGGCUUCUUUACGGAGCAAGAGCAGUCCAUUGACAGUGCCAUGACCUCAACUGCUUUGUCGUCUUCGCUGUCAGCGUCCUCCGACAACAGCCCCGUGCCGGGCCCCAGCACCUCGAGCUUGGACACUGCAGGCAGCGGCAGCGGGGCUGCCUCGGAUAGAUGGUACCACUCGUGCUAGCGCCGGGAACUUUAUGGCAAUCCUAGCAACAUUGAUCUCAUUUCGUGGCAUGCCAAGCCACCACAUCCAUGCAUUCACUGUGUGGAAGCAGCCUUUAUUUUUAUUCCUUUGUUUUUCCUUCCAUUGUCCCUCUCUCUAUAUUGGUGGCAGUCUUUCAGUAAGUGAUGAAAGAAAGCGGGGCUUUUUGUCUGAACAAGAAGUAGGCGAUGUACACUCACCCACAAAAUAUUGUGGGGUGCGCGAGCGCGUGGCGAAACGACCCUCCUCCCCUUCUAUUGGCGCACCCCUGGUGUCGAGAGCAACGCAUGCGCGUUCCUCCGAGACUGCAAGCGUGCAUGUUUCCGCGCUUCCUCCUUGCGCGCCAGCGAUAUCCUAAUGUAGCCACGAGGUGCCCCUCUUGCAAUUGCUGCUGUGGCGGCUUCAACGGGCAAAACUAUGUGAAGCGUGUUUAGAAGCAUGAGCUUGCGUGCGCCGCUGCGGGCGCUUUUUGUUGAGUCACGAGCGCUGACACAAAGGGCGUGGGUGGCGAACGCCACGAGUCAUUUUUUUUUCUGCGCUGCAUCUUUUCGUGGCCAAUCUUCAUUGUUUAUUUUUACGAACGGAGCGUUCUCCCGCAGAAGAGCAUGGCAGAAAACACGUUCUAUAGAAGGAGACAGGCAAGACGAAAAUGAGCUCUUCAUUUCCGUUGUAUAUAAACGAAGCUUUGCCCCUCGAAGCCGCCACAGCGCCAAUCGCAAGAGGGGCACCUCGCAGCUACAUUCGGAUAUCGCCGGUUCGCAAGAAGGAAGUGCAGAAACAUGCACACUUGCAGUCUCGGACGAAGUGCAUGUGCGCAGGCGUCGGUCUCGACACCAGGGGUGCGCGGCUAGAAGGGGAGGAGGGCCGUUCCGCCACGCGCUCGCGCACCCCGCAAUAUUUCGUGGGCGAGUGUACAUGCCUGCCUUCGUCCCGUGAAGAGCACUCUUCCUUAUUUUGCUCUCGAAGCAUGUGCCAGCUGGCUGAUAUUAGCACUCUGGAAUUGCGAUGAAGAGAGUGUAGUUUGCUAAAAGCAGAGAGCCCACAGGCUAAUGUGAGUGAGAGUCAAAGCCUUUGUCAGUUUUUUUUUUUGUGUUGCUCCAUUUUUGUGCAGAAGAUGAUGUGUAUAAUACAAGUUUAUUAAGGCACCUGCAUAAGCAAUGGUGGCUCCUCUCUGUCUGUUGUCAAGGCUGCUUGCGGAUGACGCGGAUUUUUUGACAUAAGCUCACCAUCUGUAUGUUGGAGAGUGUCUCUUGUCACGUACAUGCUGCAACCAGUUGUGUUCUGCUGUAGGUGAGAUCUCACUCCAGCAGUGUCAAGGGCUGGAUACUGUUGCGUAGUGAAAUAUGUUGCACAGUCCAAAGCUGUGAUACAGGGCUUGCUUCGGAACGCUCACUGCAUAGAUAGAAGCAUGGGUGUGGGGUCGAUCAGCCUGAUGAGUACAUCUGUCGAUGGUGAAAGUCUGUCGAUUCAGCGACGAAUUGACAUUUGAUUUGAUAUACUACCUAUUCUUUGGCCUCAAUCAUUUUCCAGACGUUGGGCAAUGCUUCUGAAAAAUCGAGGGCUAAUGUAUUUGAACAAAUGUGGUAGAAGCCGGCCACUUCGUUCCCACAACAGAGUUGCUAUUCACUGUGUCGCCGAGCCAACAGUGUCCGUCUCUCUCCUUGUGGGGCAAACAGCGUUUCCUUCAUAUCAUACUCCUCAAAUUCCAGGGAACUUUAUUUAUCUCGUCAAAUUGUCUCUCAUCCUUUGGAGAACUUAGUAUUACGUAUGAAAGGCUGUAAUGUUUUUUCCGUCUGUCUUCAGAGCAUCUCGUAAUGGCACACUACAUGGCUGACAUGUUUGCUUAUGCAAAGUGUUGUCAAACUCAGGCGUGCUUUGGAAUGUGGUACCCUCUCUGCUUUUCAGUGAGCGUGAGAAUGAGCAACUUAUUGAUGUGUCAUGUUGGAUUGUGAACAAAUUAAAUGUGCAUAAGUUAGGGCUAGCUAGGAUGUAUACAGUUUUGCUCUUUCCACUUUGCACACCAUCAGCGUAAUUUAAAUCUUUCAGUUUUGGAUCCGCACCGCCCUUGGCAACCAGACAUGUGGCAGCGUGAAUUACACUCUCUCGAGUUAUUAUGCAUAUUUACAUGUAAAUUAUGUUCUCCUAAAUGCAUAUGAUUAGUCCACCGCAGUGCAUACUGCAGUACUUCUUGUGUUUGGCACGCUGGCCACAAUGCUUUCGAUCACGUAUUACUAGUUGCGAGCUACAGUUCAAGCUUUGCAAAGUGGGCUGCGAAGAUGUACAGAGGUGUACAGUAUGAUGAAUCUAUUUCUUGCUAUGCUACUGUAGUAAAGGCAUCAUCGAGCUUCCUGGGCUUCCUACCUCAAUAAACCAUGCUUCCUCUUUGCCAAUUUAGAAUGGUUUGGAUGUCUCCUAGCAUGUGUAUUUGUGGGCGUUAUGAAUAAAUGUUCCAAGAUGAGCCUGUGGAGGGGCUAGCUUUACUAUGGCUGAUGGCGUGCGUGCCUUGAAUGCAGCGAUUGUGAAUGUGGGUGUGACUCUUUUGAGCAUUGGGUUUGAGCAAGUUUGCGUGUCAUAAGAUAAAUGACAGGCACGUGCAGUUUUGAAAUGUGAUGAUGCUGGUGAAAAUACGCAGUUUCAUUCUUGGCCACAUGGAGCUGUGUGGCAGGAGCAGUCAUGAGAAUGUUGAUUAGACGUAACAUUUUUUCCUUGUUUCAAGGCAGGUUUUAUAUAAUGUUGUUUCCUGCUGCUUGUUUUCCAAGCAGCAGAUUUGUAAUGAUUCGGUCUCCAAUCCAUUGCUUUUCUUCCUUUGUCGCUUGCUCGCGCACGGCACUGAGUGCUGUUUUUACGGGGAUCAGCCAUUCACAGAAAUCGUGAUUGACGCAUACGGGCCAUUGCAGGCUGUUUCCGCUGAAAUUGGCCAUUUCAUGUGACCACAAUUUGCACGUACACGUUGCACGCUGGUUAUGCUGACAUCAGCUGCGUAGCACAAUCGCGAUUGGCAAGCACAUGCCAUUGCAUGCUGCGGUUACUAAAGCGUGCCACUUCACGUAAUUGCAAUUGACAUGUGCACAUUGUUGCAGGCUUCUUUCACUGUGAUUGGCUGCACAUCACAAUAGUGACAGGUGCAAGCAAAGCUGUUGUAGCAAUUGGCCACUUGGCCCUGAUCGUGAUUGGCAUGUACAUGAUGACAAUGCAGGUUUUUCCAUUUGGGAUUGGCUACUGGGUGCACUUGCAGCCAUUAAAUGUGACAGUUCUAAAAACAAUGUAAUAGGGUUGAAAGAAGAGAUAAUCAUUGCAAAAUAGAGCCUAGCAUGUUCUUUUCUGGGGUUGGAUUAGGCCAGGAAUUUGAAAUGCUACACCGGAAGUGAAGUCCAACUUGUGCUCUUUUUCCGUUGUUUGCUAUAGCAAAAUUUCAAGGUGAGGUGACUAAUGAGGCUUAAAGUCAAUGUCACUUAAAAAUAUCCAACCAGCAUUGUAAGCAGCAAAUUUAGACUAGCCUCAUGUUUUCCCUCAGUAUUGCUGGUUUUUUUAUCGCUGUGAUGUAUAUCUGCACUUUUGCAAUGUCAAACCUUGCCACUACAAAUGGUUAUUUGUACAAAUUCGUGACCAUUAAGCGUUCUUUUAAUUUUGCUUCUAAUUUGGGCCAUGUAUUUUCUUGAAUCAGUUUCAGCGCAUUGUUUUUCACUGCAGCUUUUUGUAUUGGUGAGGCUCUUGCACACUGCAUGAAAGUGUACAAUAAACCUUAAAUUGAGGCUAAAUCAUCUAAACUAAACCUUGGCUUAUGUCUCCUUUGUCGUACUUUUACAUACUAUAUUUCUUGUGCAUGUAACACGCCCCUUUUUAUAAGUUUUCACCUCCUGAUUACAAUCCUUGACGGAGGGCGAAGAAAAAGAAGUCUGCACAUACAAUCGAACCUCAUUAUCGCAAAUAUUAAUUAUAAGUAUAUAUAGUAGAACCACGUUCAUAUGUUAUGGAAAAAAAAGACGUAAGAAAAAAUGUUCUACCCGGGAAAACGUACGGUCCGAAGCAACUAAAAGAAUAAGAAUUUGACAGACUGAACUAUUGUUGACAUCUGCAUAAUGGGAAGCGUUGUGCAGAUCGUUGCGGCACGAGACACCGACACACCUCAAGCUGGUGCUGCUCCAGCGGCCCGGGACGUGUUUUGUUGUUUUCCUAUUGCGUGGUGUUUUAAGAGGGUGACAGGAAACCGAAACGAAAUCGAGCUGGUGGGUGGUGCCGGAUGCUGCCAAAGCAAAACAUAAUGGCAGCAUUGCACCGCCUGCAGCAGGGAAUGGCGGCGUGUUUGAAUUAUCGCCUACCAAAAGCUUGCAGUAUGCCACCAAUGUCACUGCAUGCCAGGCAAUGUAAAACAGGUAGGUGAAAAUGCUUAUCGCAGUAGCUGUGAAUGCGGCGUGCGACACUACGGCCGUAGAUUUGCUGGUACCGUAAUAAGAAACUGUGUGCGAAACCCGUAAUCUAGAAUGUUUGUUUUCAAAUUGUCAACUUUGCCAUUAUUUGAAUGUAAUGUGAGGGCAGAUUUCAAGCUAUGAAAAUAAUUAAAGGAAACUCUCAUCACAAUCGAGUAAAUAUGAUACUUGCAUAUUUUUCAACCUAUAGGGUCAUGUUACGCAUUAGAAAAUGCUGUAAGCAGCUCCUCAAGAUGCAGAAGCGUCACUCCAUUGUGUUGGCUAAUUUUACGGGCCUGUGUGGCCAAGGACUGUCUGCAAAGCCAGAACAGCUGUGAACCACAGUGAGGUCUCGCGAUGACAGCUAGUGGAGGCGUGUUUCGUCCAGAGGUUGGCUGGUGUCAAAAUCACAACUGAACUGAACUGCAGAGCCUCUUGUUCUUUGUGAUGCCUCGGAGUCUAUGCCUAGUAGCAGAGCAGAGCUGCACUGUAGUAAACCACUCGCGGAAGCCAUAAGAGUGCCCAAGACACGUACGGCAGCUUUUUAUGAAGAGGCAUUGAGACAGAAAAAUUUACAAAUUGAACUGUAUCAGUCUAGCUAUCUAAACUGUGCUGGGCCAAGAAGGCAUCCUGACUGUAGUGUACUUGGAUGGUAGCUGAACUAAAAGCUUACCCACAAAGUUGCGACAGUUCAAAGGGGCACAUUUGUGUAUAAAAUAUAGGAACCUGGACUCCUACAGUGCAGUAGUUCCAGUGAGCUUUUUAUGAAAGUGUAGGAAUUGAAUAAUGGCCAGGGUCAUGCUGUUUUACAACAUCUUGGGGAAACUUUCUUGUUUAUUUUUUAUUUUUGCAGCAUCAUGGGAAUUGAGGGUCAAUUGAGGGAAUUGAGGUUGUCAAUUCAGGGAUAAAUUGUCAUGUUCAUGCCUGUGUGAUACUUCUGCCAUUGUGGCUAUGGAUAAACGUUUCCUGUGGUACAAAAUGUCAUACUACCAGUUUACUGGCAUUCAAAUUCAGUACGCAGAAUCAGCUAUUCAGGGAGGUGUCAGCUGAGCAUCUAGUACAAGUGUCCAUGUCAAGGUGCCUGGCAGUUUUCCUCUUCUUACGUCUUGCUAUCCCAAUUAAGUAUAUUGUCCCCGAUCAUAUAGAGCCAUGUGCGCAAAGGGGCAGUACAGCCCCCCCCCCCCCCUUUCACCUCUGUGAUGGGGAACAUGUUUGGUAGAGCGGGUAGCUUGUUAACGUGCUGGUAAAUUGGGGGGGGGGGGGGGGGGUAACUGUUGCCUGGAAGUUAGGCUGUUCCUUCUAACAUGCAAACCUGCACAUUGGAGGGGGAAGAGUCAUGGCCAUUACCAUUAUGGAAUACAGGUAGUGGCCAGUGUUUAAUCAAUAAUGCCAGUGUUCCAUCACUACCAGUGAUAGAAAUACUGACAGUACCAGAGCAAUUACAUGAUCUUGUAGCAUUGCAAUCAAACAGUGGUGCUAAAGUUCACAAAUGCCGGCUAUAACUCUCUAUUAGCAGAUAUACAGAUUUGUGCAUUCCUAACUCCGUGGCCAGCUGUUUGCAGCAGGUCGUUGUGUUCUUUCCUGCUAGACCUUGCUCCGCAGGGCAUCAUCGAUGCGAGUGCUAAAUCGGGUGUGUACAUUGAAUGAGCAAAUUUGCGCCCGUGAGUUCUCUGCGCUUCUUGCCUUUGUGUGGAGGCAUAUUCAUAUUGCCUUUUCAUUGUUGCUAAAGUGCAUAUACCGAUCAACAAGGAACUAAGUAUUUGGGCUUUGGGUGAUCCCUUAACUAAGAGGCAAAAAGUUUUCAAAAGUGGAGAGGGGCUGUGUUUUGCAAGGACCUUUUGCAUCCAAUUUAACUUGUUUCUUACCAUGCUCUACCAAUUUAAAUGCUGAUGUUGCAUUGUGUAAGCCAGACGUGGAAAGCAAAUAUGAAAAGUGAAAAGAAUUGUUGGGAAGCAUGAUCCCAUGUUUGUGUUUCAUGGGGGGAGCUUUGUCAGUGGGUCAGAACAAGUUCUGACAAUGUUUUUCGUUUUUUCUUUAAGACAUCAUUUGACGUUUCAGAAUGUCACUUGAUGAUACUUCUUUAUAUUUUUUUAUAGCCGUAACCUAUAUUAGCUGAAAGACGUUCUCCGUCAAUGGCUGCUCCGUAUCUGAGCCGCUUUGUCAGCUAGUGUGAGUGACGUUUGGCUUGAGCGCUUCGUCUCAGCAGUGUUGUUGGCAUUAUCCGAACGUGUGAUUGAUGUGGAAAGGGUCGUUGAAUGUUGGUGCAUAGGUUAUCAAAUCAACUUGUACCAGAUUAUACACUAUAUAUGUAUACAUAGCCUAAUUUAGCCUAACCUCAACAUGUGCCCAACGGAGAGGUGUCUGUGAAAGCAAUACUACAAGAUUAAUUGUGUGCAGCUGUAAAAUUUGGGCAUGAGCCUAAAUCUUGAAUCCACCCUAUAUAUACAUAUAUGCAUGUAUGAUUUUUCUUUUUUUUUUUUCGUGGUUUGCAGACAGAGUUGAAGUUGUGAUGUUUCCGUGGGCUGUGCUUGAAAGACUCUUUAGGAGUGAAUGGUUGUUGGUAUUUUUUGUUGUUGUUUUCUGUUUUCGAGAAAGAGUAUCAGUUUUAUUGGCACCAUACCUUGUGGGUGAUGCCUUGUGUAGGGUGGUGAUAGUGAUGACUAUGCAGGGGGAAAUGCUCGACUGCUAUUUCCUUGACAUCACUGUAAAUCCUUCAUGUGAUUAUUUAACAUUGAACAUUUGCUUCCUGGCAUUGGUCGUUCGUGCAGGUUUAAUUGGCUGCAAGGGAGGUUUACGCAUGCAUCAGAAUGGGAAAACCCAAAGAUGAUACUUGAAAGCCUGUAGCAAUAGCAGUAAUGUCGAUUUGGGUGACAAGACUACUUGUCACGUUGAGGUACCUUGUACACAAGCCACGGCUGUCCAGGCAGACAAAAAAAGUCUCUGUAACUAACAUAUAGCUUUAAUUCCUAGUAGCAAAUCACAUAACUCCUAGAGGAGGAUAAUUCAUUUUGUAAUGGUAGUUUAUCUGUUCUCAUGUCAACUUUGUUUUCAUUUAUGUUGUAUGCCAGUUGCUCUUCAGCCAGUAAUGGCUUAAUAAGGCACAGCAUUACUCAAGAGAGCACGCACUUCAUUGGCAAGAGAAGUCCACUGUAUAAUUCUGGUCGUAGUUUUUUUUUUUCAGAAACGAAUGCACACCAAAUGAGGUGUGUUGAGUUUUCCGUCAUGCUUUUUGAUGCCACAAUGCCUUGAAACCUUUCGUAUGUCGGUUCCGACGUAGUUACAGUCUGAAGUGACAUUAAGCACCAAACUUAGUUGCCGCCGCUGCUGCUCUUUGGUCGUGCUGUGUGUGCCAUUCUUACAACCAUGCUGUUACUGUUGUCAUAUUCCUCAUCAUAAAUUGAGAAGUCUGUGGCAGCCAAUUGCCAGUAACUAUAAGCAAACUGUUUCUGUAUCCUUAUAUAGUUUUUAAAUUGUUUUGAAGUCUCUGCAAGGAGAUGUAAUUGGACAACAAGGGGGAGUUGGUGGUGGUAUCUGGGCAUCUGGGACAGUUGGCAUCUGGGAGUGUGUGUUGUGUGGAUGCCUUGUGCUGCAGUGAGUCCUUGAAGACGGUGUGUGCAAAAAACCUCUUGGGCAAUGCCAUGUGUGAAUUGACUGCCAUCUCUUGUAGUGUAAAAAAAAAUAAAGGAAGAGGACUAUAGAGGAACAAUAAACAAAUUCUAUAAUUGCCAUUUC